AGUAUGGCGGCACUCUGCUUACGCUUCUGCAAGUUUUAGCGAAACUUUUCCUCGUUUUCUCGCUGUGUCGUGCGUGCCUUCUCUGAUAUUUGGUUCGGAGCACACUUCGCUGGUCAGUGCCACAUGAGCACGGAGAAACCAGUCGUCGGCUCUCGAGUCAACCAGCUCGAUGCUGUUGAACUCGACGAUGAAUUAUUCGCGUUGUUCCGGAGCAAGCUCGGCGACGUGUUCAGGCAUGCGGGCGGUAGCUUCUACCCUACCUUCGAGCCUGAGAUCAAAGCCAUCCUGAAAGCAGUUCUCUAUGGGUUCACUGUGUACGAGUGUGGGGCCACGGUGGGCCAGAGACUUCUUGGGCUGGAGUUCUUUGCAAACGGGAGAAGCCUCAGCCGCAUUACCAGGCGCCAGACAUUGGCUCUCAUACUUCUCAGCAUUGGCUUGCCGUGGAUUCGGGAACGAGGCCUGAACCUUCUUCUUCGGUUUCUUCCUCAAGUGCAGCGUAACAAGGUUGAGCAUGGAAUUCGCCACUUGGAAACAGCUGUUCGCGUGGCUUCCGUGGCCAACUUCGUCUUGUUUCUGGUUCGAGGGAGCUACUGCUCGCUGAGCAACAGGAUCGUCGGCGUUGUCAACGGCCAUUCAGCACGACCUAUGUUACGCGAGGUUCAGUUUGACUUCAUGAAUCGGGAGCUUCUGUGGCAUGGCUUUGCGGAGUUCAUUGGCUUUCUUCUACCUCUGGUCAACGUGUACCCAGCCAAGAACUUUGUGAGUCGGCAGUUGUUGCGCCGCAAGUUGCGUCCGACUCAUCCGAACGAGCGGACACGAGGAGACAUGGCCGAGUGUGGCAUCUGCGGUGGCCGCCCGACGCAACCGCACGAGAUCGGCUGCAGGCACGUCUUCUGCUAUUACUGCAUUGCGAGCCAAGUUACAGCAGAUGCGAGGUACUCCUGUCCACUCUGUAAUUGUCCUGCCCUGGGACUGGAGAACGUCAGGAAAGCGGCACUCCCCUUCGCCACGAGCUGAUGAAGAGGGAGAGAUUGAUUGGUCGGAAGCAUAAA